AUGGCUUCAGAACACCCACCUGAGGGCGUUGUGCCCUCCGAGAAGGCCACGAUGGAUGACGAGAAGGACCACCACGCUCAGGAUCAGGUCUCACGACUCCAGGCCACGGACAGGGUCAUCCAGGGCGCCAAAUUGGCUACAGAGAAGGAGCAGAAAAUGACCCUCAUGCAGGGCAUCCGCCUGUACCCCAAAGCUAUCGCAUGGAGCAUGCUCAUCUCAACCUGUAUCGUGAUGGAGGGGUACGACGUUUGCUUGAUCAACAACUUCUAUGCAUUUCCGCAAUUCAAUAGAAAAUACGGAGAACAGCUAUCCGACGGGAAGUGGGAAGUGACAGCUCCAUGGCAGGCCGGUCUUAGCAAUGGCGCCAACGUCGGUGAACUGAUUGGCCUCCUCAUCAACGGCUGGGUUUCGGAACGGUUCGGUUACCGCUGGACAGUAAUUGUCUGUCUGAUGUUGAUAAAUGCCUGGACGGCUUUAUUUUUCACGGCCCAGAAUGUGCAGACGCUGCUGGCGGCCGAAAUUCUAUGCGGCAUCCCAUGGGGCGUCUUUCAAACCCUCACCAUCACCUACGCCUCCGAGGUCUGUCCUGUCGCAAUGAGAGCCUAUCUCUCGACUUACGUCAACUUCUGCUGGGGCCUCGGCCAGUUUAUCGGAAUCGGCGUCAUCAUGUCCAUGCUUGGGCGGGAUAACGAAUGGGGCUACCGAAUCCCGUAUGCCCUGCAGUGGAUGUGGCCUCUCCCGCUCGCUGUCGGCAUCUUCUUCGCUCCCGAGUCCCCCUGGUGGUUGGUCCGCAAGGGGAAGCUUGACAAGGCAAAGCGCUCGCUGUUGCGUCUCACCAGCCUGAAUCGAGAGACGAAUUUCGAUGCGGAUGAGACGGUCGACAUGAUGGUGCACACCACGGCGCUGGAGGAGAAGACAACGAGCGGAGCGAGCUACUUGGACUGCUUCAAGGGCUACGACUUGAGAAGAACGGAGAUUGUCGGCAUGUGUUGGGCGAUUCAAAAUCUGUCAGGGAAUUCCUUCUCCAACUACUCGACAUACUUCCUCACCCAAGCCGGUCUUGACCCGGAUAGCGCGUACGGAUUUGCGCUUGGCCAAUACGGAAUCAACAUGGUAGGUGUUGUAGGGGCGUGGUUUUUGAUGAGCCGCGGAAUUGGCCGCCGGUCUCUCUAUCUCUACGGCCUGUGCGGUCUUUGCGUCAUGCUUUUGAUUCUCGGCUUCCUGGGCCUCGUCCCCGACGCCCACCGGCGAGAGGCCUCCAUUGCGACGGGAAGCAUCAUGCUUGGUUGGGCCCUGACGUAUCAACUAACAGUGGGCACUGUCUGCUACUCGCUGGUCAGCGAGAUCUCGACACGGCGGCUGCAGAUCAAGACGGUUGCCCUCGGGCGUGUGUUCUAUAUCAUCGUGGGUAUCAUUUGCAGUACGAUAACGCCAUACAUGCUGAAUCCCGGAGCCUGGGAUUGGAGAAACUUUGCAGGCUUUUUCUGGGCAGGCAUUUGCUUUUUGUGCAUUAUUUACACUUAUUUUCGGGUGCCUGAGCCGUCGGGGCGCUCCUUUGCCGAGAUGGAUAUGCUUUUCAAAAACAAGGUCAGCGCGCGCAAGUUUGCGACGACCAAGGUCAAUGUGUUCGAGGAGGAUAUCGACGGGGAGUUCAUGGCCAAAUACCGCAAGCACACCGGGGCUAAGGUUGUGGAGAGCACCAGCAGCCCCUGCUAG